AUGAGCACUUUACAAGGAAACUGUCGGUAACUUCGCUCGCAAUUUGGACCGACCAAUCGUAGCGGGCCGUAGACGUCUACGAGCGUAGCUGUGACGCAGUCGGCCGUCGUAGCGCUACGAAAUUCAGGGCCCAAUUCGUUGACCUCCGUAACCAACAUCAAGUUUAUCGGUGCUGAAAUGGCUUUGGGAAAACUGAAGAUUUAUGAAGAGAUGUUACAGCAGUGACGAGGAUAUAAAGAAGAGAAGGUAGCAGUAUGAGCGUAUCGGGUCGGUAGUGGUACAGGGCGAGCGCUUUGCGCGUGCGCGGAUCGAUUGGGCAGCAUCGACCACGCGGGGCGGGGCGCAGGCCGCGGCGAGCUCAGUCGCGCGCGGGAACUGCGUGCGUGCGCGCGUCCCUUGCACGUGCAUGGCGCGCUUGACUGGAUGCCUCGCGCCCUCGGGGAAUGGCUUCGUCAGAGGAAGAGGCGACAACCGCGUCGAUCCCUGAAGAUGACUGCCUCAGUGUCCGAAAAUGGUGGUGCUUUCUCCUGUCUUCGAUCUUCACGUUCCUCGCGGGCCUGUUGGUGGUGGUGGUAUGGCGCGCUUGCGCGUUCGUCUGCUGCCGCAAGGAGCCGGAGCUGGCCCCGAACGACCCGAAGCAGAAGGAACAGAAGGCGGCCCGUCAAAGCAAACAGGAGUUCGAGGGGACCUUUAUGACAGAGGCCAAGGAUUGGGCCGGCGAACUCAUCUCCGGCCAGACUACCACCGGACGAAUACUGGUAGUGUUGGUGUUCAUUCUGAGUAUAGCAUCGCUGAUCAUCUACUUCAUUGACGCGUCCAGUGAGGAGGUGGAGCGAUGCCAGAAAUGGAGUGACAAUAUUACUCAGCAGAUCGACCUUGCCUUUAACAUAUUUUUUAUGGUCUACUUUUUUAUACGAUUUAUAGCAGCUAGUGACAAACUAUGGUUCAUGCUCGAGAUGUAUUCAUUUGUAGAUUAUUUCACGAUACCCCCAUCCUUUGUAUCAAUAUACCUGGAUAGAACGUGGAUAGGGCUAAGGUUUCUCAGAGCACUUCGCUUAAUGACCGUGCCUGAUAUUUUGCAGUACCUCAAUAUAUUAAAGACGUCUAGCUCCAUUCGUUUGGCGCAGUUAGUUUCUAUAUUUAUAUCAGUGUGGCUCACGGCUGCGGGUAUUAUUCAUUUGCUGGAAAACUCCGGCGAUCCGCUGGAGUUUGAGAAUUCACAGAAGUUAUCGUACUGGACGUGCGUGUACUUUCUCAUAGUCACCAUGUCCACAGUAGGUUAUGGUGAUGUGUUCUGUCACACUGUACUUGGCAGAACGUUUUUGGUUUUUUUUCUCCUCGUCGGCUUGGCAAUGUUCGCUAGUAGCAUUCCCGAAAUUAUAGAGCUGGUAGGAAGUAGGUCCAAGUACAGUGGCGAGCUGAAGCGUGAACAUGGAAAAAGGCAUAUUGUUGUAUGUGGACAUAUAACAUACGAGUCAGUAAGCCAUUUUUUAAAAGACUUCCUACAUGAGGACAGAGAAGAUGUCGACGUUGAGGUUGUUUUUUUACAUAGGAAACCGCCCGACCUGGAGCUCGAAGGCCUGUUCAAGAGACACUUUACCACUGUGGAAUUCUUUCAAGGCACCAUUAUGAAUCCAAUCGACCUUCAGAGGGUAAAAGUACAUGAAGCAGAUGCCUGCUUGGUGCUUGCGAACAAAUACUGCCAGGACCCAGACGCGGAGGACGCGGCCAACAUCAUGAGGGUUAUAUCCAUCAAGAACUAUUCAGAUGACAUCAGAGUUAUUAUACAGCUCAUGCAGUACCAUAAUAAGGCCUAUCUUCUCAACAUUCCAUCGUGGGACUGGAAACAAGGAGACGACGUAAUCUGCCUCGCUGAGCUCAAACUGGGUUUCAUCGCUCAGAGCUGCCUCGCCCCUGGGUUCUCCACUAUGAUGGCCAAUCUGUUCGCCAUGAGAAGUUUCAAGACGUCCCCUGACACACAAGCUUGGCAGAACGAUUACCUGCAGGGUACGGGGUGCGAGAUGUACACGGAGACUCUUUCCACUUCCUUUACGGGGAUGAGCUUCCCCCAAGCGAGCGAGUUGUGCUUCACGAAAUUGAAACUACUACUGCUGGCCAUAGAGAUCAAAGGAGAAGAAAUGGCGGAUAGCAAGAUUUCAAUCAACCCUCGGAGUGCAAAAAUUCAUGCGAAUACACAAGGGUUUUUCAUAGCUCAAUCUGCUGACGAAGUCAAAAGGGCUUGGUAUUACUGCAAAGCGUGCCACGAAGACAUCAAGGACGAGACUCUUAUCAAGAAAUGCAAAUGCAAAAACUAUGUCGGAAUGAUGAUGAUGCAGACUGGGAUGGUGAAACAAAAUCUUAAUACAUAUCGAGGUUGUCUCGACGUGGCUACGUUCAGGAAGGGCGUACGAGCCGUCCAGAUGGUUGGGAGGGCAAAUGACCACCAUCCUCCCCCCACCUUCACGCCGCCAGAGUUGCCCAAGAAGGUCCAUGUUCGAGGUGAAAUCGCAAGGGAAAGAGGAGAAGAUACUAGUCUGAUAAACCGCAAUCAUCGUAACGCAGCGCCAACCACUUUGCUCUCCCCAAUGGCCAAUCAGCUCAUGAACACCACCACCACGAGACAAGUCAACAAGGUGAAGCCCAAUGUGAAUAGGGCGCCACCGGACACGAAUCCGCAGGAUCAGGACACCAAUUACCAGGCCUAUCAUCUAGCCUACGAAGUCAAAAAACUCAUGCCAACGAGCAGAAGUAGCGGUGGCAACCAAAACAGCAACGGAGUCAGUCUGCCGGCGGGCCUGGCGGAUGACCAGUCGAAAGACUUCGACUUUGAAAAGACUGAAAUGAAAUACGAUUCCACGGGCAUGUUCCAUUGGAGUCCCGCCAGGAAUCUAGAAGAUUGUAUUUUAGAUCGUAAUCAAGCGGCUAUGACAGUGCUGAACGGUCAUGUGGUCGUGUGCCUAUUCGCGGACCCUGACUCGCCCUUGAUCGGCCUCAGGAACCUGGUGAUGCCGCUCAGGGCCUCAAACUUCCAUUACCACGAGCUGAAACACGUGGUCAUAGUCGGAAGUGUAGAAUAUAUCAGGAGAGAGUGGAAGAUGUUGCAGAAUCUGCCUAAGAUUUCUGUUUUGAAUGGUUCACCGCUAAGCCGGGCCGACUUGCGUGCAGUGAAUGUGAAUCUGUGUGACAUGUGCUGUAUCCUGUCAGCGAAGGUGCCAUCCAACGAUGACCCCACGCUGGCCGACAAGGAAGCUAUCUUGGCUUCGUUGAACAUCAAAGCUAUGACGUUCGACGACACGAUAGGUGUGUUAAGUGCGGGCGUGGGCACGAACGGCAACAGCGGCGCGACGCAGCCGCCGAGCGGCGCUGCGCCCGCGCCGGUGCUGCUGCAGCGACGCGGGUCCGUGUAUGGAGCCAAUGUGCCUAUGAUAACUGAGCUAGUUAACGACAGCAACGUCCAAUUCUUGGACCAGGACGACGACGACGACCCCGACACGGAGCUGUACCUCACGCAGCCGUUCGCGUGCGGCACAGCCUUCGCCGUCAGCGUGCUAGACUCUCUUAUGUCCACCACGUAUUUCAACCAAAAUGCCUUAACUCUGAUCCGGUCGCUGAUCACGGGCGGCGCUACGCCCGAAUUGGAGCUCAUACUGGCCGAAGGUGCAGGGCUCCGCGGCGGCUACUCUACCACUGAGAGCUUAGCUAAUAGGGACCGAUGUAGAGUCGGUCAAAUCUCCCUGUACGACGGCCCGCUGGCACAAUUCGGCGAGGCCGGCAAGUACGGUGACUUGUUCGUGGCGGCGCUCCGCUCGUACGGCAUGCUCUGCAUCGGACUGUACCGGUUCAGAGAUACAUCAUCUUCUUGUGAUGCUAGCAGCAAGCGAUACGUUAUCACGAACCCGCCCGAUGACUUUAGCUUGCUGCCUACUGAUCAGGUGUUCGUGCUGAUGCAGUUCGACCCGGGCGUGGAGUACCGGUCGUCGCGGCGGGCGGCGGGCGCGGGCAAGGACGACGCCUCCUGACUGUUGCUGUGCAGCGCCCUCACUGACGGACCCUACUCCUACAUCUAGAGGGGCACGAGAACAUGUCCCCCGCCCCCACCGCCCCCCCCCCCGCACUCCUAAUAUUGAGUUCUACGCCCUUUACGCUACCAGCCUUUUGCGGUACCGGCUUUUGAUGGCCUUCUGUUUUGGAACGCUGGCACGUUACGUGAUCGCAAUUUGAAAAAAACUAUUAAUAUGAAAGUGAAGUUUAUAUAUUUAUAUUGGAUUUUUGAUUUUCAAAUGAUUUUAAUUAAAAUUGAAUAUUAACAAUAGGAAAAAUACGAACUCGGUUACUAUGCACAGAUUGAUAACUCAGUUUUUUUUUCUAUGUCCAAACAUUCAAUAAUUAUUACAUCUAUCUAUUUUAUAAUAAACAUGAAGUCAAACAAUUUUUUAAUGGCACUGUUCGAUUUCUUUAAAAUUGCGAUCAUGAUAAAAUGUCAUCAAAUCCAAAUUUAUUUACUGCUGUUCCGCUACUAUUCCGAAAUCCCGCAAACCCUCCAAUAAUCCGAUGCUAGCGGGGUAUUGCAGUUUGGAUAAUGUUUGGUUCAAUAAUGAAUCACUUACUCAGGUAUUUGGAAGACAAAAUUUUAAUCAACAACCUAAUUUCAAAAACAGCUUGGCGAAAAAACAGAAAGCAUUUUUUUAUAUCGAUAUUAGCCUUGUCGUUCAAUUGUGUUAAUCGCAUUUUCUUCAAAAAUCUCAUACAUUCCUACAAUUUCUAUAAUAGGACUUAACAAAAAUGAGCGACAAAUAAGAAAAAAAAGGAAUAAAUGUAGACACUUCGAGACCCUAAAAGAGAUCACAGAAUCCAUUUCCAAACUGCAAUCAGCGUGGGCUUGCGGAUCUUUUUUUAUUUUUAUGAUUUGUUUUACCCGACAAAUUUCACUUCUAAUGCACCGUAAACACAAUGGGCUCUUUCCAAAACUUCAGCACACAUAACUGUUGCGAAACUAGAUGCACGAUAUUAAAGUUGGCUACAUUUUUUAAAUUGCUUAUUACAAAAAUCACUUUCUGCACUUUUCGGACAUAGAAUUGAAAUAAGCACCAAAUAUUAUUGAAUCAAAAUUGAGAGUAAAACUAUAUUUAACAAUUAAAAUCACGAGUGCAAAAUGUAGCUAAUUUUGAAUCUCAACGGCAUCAACAAAUUUCCAAUGUGGCGUCUAUCGUCUGCUUGCUCACUCGUUUGUGAUACGAGCAAGACAAUACGCACGUCAUAAUUUAUUGAAGACAUGCCUAACAACACGACAAAUGAGUUUAAACCUGAAAUUGUAAACCUAGAUUAGGUGCUUUCGGUGUUUAUACAGUUCGUAAUGCAUAGACAAGAUUCGGUGUCGGUAAUAUAGAAAUCGUAGUUAGGUACAAAUUCAGGUUUUUCACUCUUCGCACACUGCACAUAACACCUAGAGGACACUUCGAUGUACUUACGUGAGUACGCACGGUGAUGAGUAUAUUUUUAAUUUAAAGGAGAUAAAUGCUCAAGAAACUUUAAACUUUUAUUUGCAUGACAAACUUACCUUCACCAAAUUUAGUGAAGGGACAAACUAUAUUCGCAUAUAACUUUUUAUCUUAUGUAGUAUAUAGUUUUUAUUAUUUUAGAUCGUCCAUUCCUUUUAUUAGAUUUUUCUCGCAAUUCACUUAUUUUAAGCACUUAUGAAGUUAAAAUUUGUAUAGAUUUAUGUAUAGAUUUGACUGAUUUUAAGCAUCUCAUCAAGUCAUGAUAUUAUUUUGUGAUCGACUUUCGUUUUAAGGGUAGUUUUUCAAUUCGUCGCUUAGUUUUAAGAUAUAUUAACUUUCAUCUCAUAAAUUUUAUGCACAGUACUUAGUCUGCAUAAUCUACUGCUCACAGACUCAUCUUUUUACUUUUUUGAUAUACAUUCUACAUUAUAGAUAGGUUAGUUACACAAAAAGAGGUUGAUGAUUUUUGUAUAAGUGACAAAGAUAUCGAUAUUAUAAUUUUCUUAGUCAUUAAAAUAAGUCUUAUACAAAAACAUCAACCGCAUAUUCAAUCACAUCUUUAGUGUCACAAUUUUUGUUUAUUUUUUUUUUAAUAAAAUUAUGCUUUGUUUA